CACAAUGGAAUACGGUGAUGGGAGUAUCCGGUUGUAUCUGUGUUUCGUGAUACCAACUAAAAUUUCGAUGAACUUGCGCAAGCAACAUUCCGUUUCCGGAAAAAUGUCUAAUCGCAGUUUUGCUCGGCUUAGGUUUUACGAGACGGGAUGGAAAAAUAGCAGUUACUUUUCAAUUGUUGCACGUUUUCCAGCCUUGAAGGAAUACGUCGCAGAAGUAAGACAAAGCUUUUCCAAAAUGUCAGAAGUCACGUCGCAGUCGCCAUCUAAGGAAAGACAGGAAGAUAAGACGGAUCCGGGCGCUAGUAGACACGGGAACUUCAUGAAUUAUUACCAAUUCCAUCCUGCGGAAGAGCGCGUGCGACAACUUCCGUGUGGCGUGUGGCUGUCGGCCCAUCCGGACCGGAAAUACGUAGGCCUAGACGUCGGCUGUAACGCCGGGGAUUUAACGUUCGUGUUGCACGACUUCCUCGAGAACGCUUUAUCGUCCGAUCGACCAGAGAUCUCUCUGCUCGGCGUGGAUCUCGAUCCGAUCUUAAUCGAGCGAGCACGGGAACGCAACCCACGACCGGAUCGCAUUAUUUUCGAGUGCCUGGAUUUUCUGGACGAGGAUCGGACACUGCACGAAUACCUCCGACGUUUCGAGAAGUCACGCUUCGACGUUGUGUUCUGCUUCUCCGUUACGAUGUGGAUUCACCUGAAUCACGGUGACGAAGGGCUGAUCAAUUUCCUGCGAAAAGCGUGUUCGAUCGCUGAAAUGAUAGUGAUAGAGCCUCAGUUAUGGAAGUGUUACAGAAACGCGGCGAGAAGACUGAGACGAUCGAAAGCGGAAGAUUUUCCUUUACUGAAAACGCUGAAACUUACCGGUGAUCCUGCGGCGCACAUCGAAAAUAUUUUGUCAGAGUUCUGCAAUUUUCGUAGAGUCACGGUUACAACUGACAACGAGUGGAAACGGAGGCUAUUAAUUUAUGCGAGGACGUGAACAACGAUCGAUGAGUUUCCUCGUGUUAAUCGACGUCAAAUGAAUAAACGAGAGACGACUUUUUAUGCGACUGCUGCUACUGAGAAUGCUAAUGGGAAGUGUUCGAUUGGGCUGACAGACAUCGAUACAGGAUACAUGUAGCUUUCCUGUUAAAGGAUAUUUUUGCAAUACACUACAUGAACAGCUUUUUCUACUUGUUAAAAUAAAUCGUCAAUGAAUAUUAUGUAAAUGUAUUUACUUACCAUCACAAGCUAAAGGACUUUAAAAUAAUUUAACCUGUAUAUAAUAAGCAUACUUUGUAAUGCAACGUGAUUUGUAGAAAAUAAAUAUUUAUACAGAAAACAUUUC